AUGAGAUUACUUCACAGCCAUGUCUUGAAGGCGGCAUUGGGCUUGGGGGCCGUUUGCGGGGUAGUAGCACAUCAGCAUCAGCAUCCUGGGGAUGAGGCGCAAGUACCGCUUCAUGAGCAGGAGUUCGUGCAGGAUUCUGCGGAGGAGUUAGAGAGAAAAUGGAGUUUUGAGUGGGGCUACUCGGGAGUAAACUCCUUCGCCCAUCUCGAGCAUAUAAAAUGCCUCACAAAAUCAGAAAGUCUUUUUGACAUCGGUAUCCUAGGCGUCCCCUUCGACACAGCAGUAUCCUACAGACCCGGCGCGCGUUUUGGCCCUCGAGCCAUCCGCGCAGCCUCAGCGCGCCAGAACUCGUUCCGAGGCUUCAAUGCCCGAGCAGGAAUCAACCCCUUUUUAUCAUGGGCCAAGAUUAUCGACUGUGGCGAUAUCCCGACCACGCCGUUCGACAAUUCUGUCGCGCUGACGCAGAUGACGGCCGCGUACCUAGAACUAGGACAUCGCGCCCCCCUGUCGUCUUCCCUUAAGAAACCUAAGAUUAUUUCGCUGGGUGGAGACCACUCACUUGCCUUGCCAGCGCUACGGGGUCUGAAUAAAGUGUAUGGAGGACCUGUCGCAGUGCUUCAUUUCGAUGCUCAUCUCGAUACAUGGCACCCGUCCAAGUACCCGACGCCAUGGCCGAGCAAGCAAGCCGAGUUCAACCACGGGAGCAUGUUCUGGAUCGCCUCGAACGAAGGCCUCAUCCUAAACGGCUCGUCUGUACACGCGGGUCUGCGAACUCGUUUGAGUGGCCCGGAUUGGGGUGAUUACGAUGAUGACGAUACGCAAGGCUUUCUGAGAAUAUCAGCUGACGAUAUCGAUGAUUUUGGGCCCAAAGGUAUUAUCGAGAAGAUCAUGAAGAGAAUGGGGACCGAGACACCCGUCUACUUGAGUGUCGAUAUCGAUGUUUUGGACCCUGGUUUGGCGCCGGGGACUGGAACGCCGGAAGCAGGUGGGUGGACGAGUAGGGAGCUGAUUCGGAUCUUGAGGGGUAUUGAGGGGCUGAAUAUCGUCGGUGCUGAUAUUGUGGAGGUCGCUCCUUCUUAUGAUGGCGUCGGAGAGCAGACCGCUCUUGCGGGUGCUCAGGUUGCCUAUGAGAUCCUAACGAGCAUAGUGAAGAGGGGAUUGGUCGACAUGGGGAAAAUCGCAGAAGUGGAUGGACGAGAUAGGACGGGCCGAUUGAAGGAUGAACUGUAA